AUGUCGAGUUGGGCUGGAACAUCCAGGAUUAGUAGUGAUCUUAUCAAAAGAUACAUACAGCCUAAAUGCAUAAGUGAUUAUUCAAGAUAUCGAAAUGAGUUUGUAAGGCAAAUAGAAGCAUUAAGUAAAAGUAAUCAAAGAGAAUUCUGUAAAAGGUGUGAUAUAAUAAAAAAAAAUAUAAAAGAAAAAGAUAGAGAAUUAAAUCAUUGUUACGUUAAAAAUUUAGUAACUGUUAAAUUAAUUCAAAAUGACAAUAUAAAGGAUUUUAUAGAGGAAUGUCCCGAAAUUCCUGAAUGCAAUAAAAAAUAUAUUCCUUCUGCCAACAAAGGAUCUGUAUUAAAAAGCGGAACAAAAGAAGCUUGCGGAAGAAGUGGUUGUAAAAAUGAAAGAGCUGAAACAGUGAAUGGUAAAUCCCAGUUGGGAGUGGACGCAAGAACACCUAAAUUGGAAAGUUCGCAAAGAGAAGGUAUUGUAAAACAAAGUUCAAGCCAUGCUCAGGGAGAAGUAACAAAACAAACAAAAGAAAGUCCUCAGGGUCAAGGUGAUAUUAAACCUCCCGAUAAUUUGGACAUGACCCAAGUAAAGGAAUCUAAACAAAUAGAUAAUGACCAUUCUAGCACAAAUGUAGAAGAAAAACAGUUAUCCCAACCUGUAUCGGCAUCCGAUACUCUCUCAAGCAGUGAAUUAGGUAUUCAAGCAAGUGAUCUUCCCUCACAAACUUCAUCCUCUGGGGAAUCCAAUUCAGAUAAUACUACUCAAGUAGAGCAUUUAAGUAAAGGCGAUAUUCAAGAUCUCCAUGCUGGUAAUCACACUUCAGAUAAUAAUAACCCUGUUCGGCAAGCAGCUGCGAGUAAAAUCUUUGAAGAUCAAAAAGCAGGUGAUAGAGGUGAUGUCACUUACAUACCUGGUAGGGCAACUGGUGAUCUAGUUUCUACUGUUCCUCAUACUGCUCCUAGCACUCUUGGUGAUAAAGCUCCUGUUGAUGUAGAUAAAGAUAGAGAAUCCCCUGCUAGUGAAGAUAUUGUUACCGAAGAAUCGGGUAGCAGUGUCAUUGUGGAUGGAGUUUCUGUAGAUAAAUCUGGUCAUGCACCUUCUCAUGUUAAAUCUACUAGUUGUGUAUGUACUGAUGGAAAAUCUAAUUGCGAUGAAGCACGCGGUGAAGUUGCUCCUUGUAAAAAAUAUCUAGGUGUUGUGCCUGAUGCUGGUAAGUCUACAUUUUCUUCAGAAAACUUUGGUGAAUUGUAUUAUUAA